CGCGUCAGGGGGCGGGAGCGAGGUUUUGGCGCAUGCGCAGCGUGGGUCCUCCCAGCAACCUCCAGCGCAAGAUGGCGCCGGGAGGCUCUUUGCCGCUGGCCGUGUGACGGGACGCCAAGUGUCUGUGUCCGCCGCCGUGUUGCAGCUCCGCGAAAAGACAGAGGCUGAGCCCGGGCGAGUGCGAUGGCCGCUGUGGUGGCCAAGCGGGAAGGGCCGCCGUUCAUCAGCGAGGCAGCUGUGCGAGGCAACGCCGCCGUCCUGGAUUACUGCCGGACCUCAGUGUCAGCGCUGUCGGGGGCCACGGCCGGCAUCCUCGGCCUCACCGGCCUCUACGGCUUCAUCUUCUACCUGCUUGCCUCCAUCCUGCUCUCCCUGCUCUUAAUUCUCAAAGCGGGAAGGAGGUGGAACAAAUACUUUAAAUCACGAAGACCCCUCUUCACAGGAGGUCUCAUCGGAGGCCUCUUCACCUACGUCCUGUUCUGGACGUUCCUCUAUGGCAUGGUGCACGUCUACUGAAUGGGGGCAGGGAUGACUUUUUUUAAAAAAACAGAUGGGGAGGACUGUCGCCAAAAAUUAACACCGUGUAAACUUAGUUUUUAAAUUGUUGAAUUCGCUGCUUGUUCUGUAACGUUAUAAUUUAUAUCUGAAGACGAAGAGCCUGUAAUAUUCUUCAGAUUAAAUGAAGCGUGAGAUACUUCGUGGAGUAUUUUCGUACCUUCGCUCAUACCCCAUGUCUGCCGUGGUGCAAGAAGCCAAAUUUUGACUCCUAGAGAGCUGGGGCUGGGUCUUAGCCUUCUGUAAUUUCCUUGCAUUUACACGGAGGCCAUCCAGAGAGGACCAGUAGGGCCCAAGUAAAGAGAACUUACUGUUAACAUCCUAAGAACUAGUAACAGUUAAUAUUAAGCGUUUCCUAUAUGCCAGACAUUGUGCCUUGUACCUUUUACACCCGUUACCUCAUUUAAUUCUAGCAAUAUCCUCAUGGGGUCGAUAUAAUUAUUAUCCCUCAUUGAUGAAUCUGAGGCUCAGGUUAAAUAUACCUGUGCCGUAAGAGGCCCAGCUAGAAAGAGAGCCAAGUUUGAAAUACAGGUCUUUAAUAGCUCUUGCUGUACUGGCUGAGUGUACUUUUUCAGAUGCCAGCCGCCCCUUUCAGUAACCACCGCUUUCAGGUGUGAUUUCAGUUCCAUUUCCUCUAGUUACAGCUAGCUGUCAUUUCUGUUUUAAAUACGUUCAAGCUUUUUUCUAGAAUAUGUCUAAUGGAGAUUAAA